AUGUCUGUACAUUCCAGCCACGGCCACCACCACCAUUCGCAUCAUCACCAUCAUCACGACCCCAACCGUUCGGAGAGAUCAGGCUCCCUUGCUAGUAGCCGCACCUACUCCUCUGGCGGAGGCGUGUACGGCGAUCGCGCGUACACGUCUUACGUCGGCCCCCCGCCGGGUGCAGAUCCUCAGCUGUGGCAGUACUUCAGUGCGGUCAACACAGAUCACUCAGGGGCGAUCACCGUGAGGGAGCUGCAGAAUGCGCUUGUGAACGACUUCGAUCUGGAUACUGUGAAGAUGCUGAUGAACAUGUUUGACAUCGAUCGGAGUGGGACGAUCGGAUUCAACGAAUUCUGCGGCCUAUGGAAAUACAUCCAGGACUGGCAGGGUGUCUUCAAGCACUUUGAUAGGGACAGGUCCGGAUCCAUUGAAGGAUACGAACUCGCAGAAGCUAUGCGUAGCUUCGGAUACAAUCUCUCUCCGUCUCUUCUAACCCUAAUUGAGCAGAAAUACGCUUCCGCACCUGCGGCAGGGUACGGACCUCCGCCGGGCAUCACCUUUGACCGCUUCGUUCGUGCAUGUGUUGUAGUGAAGGCACUGACGGAAGCCUUCAGACGUGUCGACACGGAUCAAGAUGGCUGGGUGCAAGUAAACUACGAAGAUUUCAUGAGAAUCGUGCUCAGCGCGCCGUAA